UACAGGUCAGUUCCUCAAAGUAAAUAGCACAACGAAUUGGCAUUGUAAGGGAAAUUUAAACCACUUUCCUGCAUCACCUAGAUUUUGUUGCUCCUCCACUUUCAGGGUGAGCACCCUGUCAGUCUCACCUUAGCCCAUUCAUUUCUAAAAGGCCGCUUGGUUGAUAAGCUUUCACUGGGGAGUAAUUGCUAAUUCUCAUUGGUGUGUUUUGCAGCCCAGUGUUGUGGUGAAUACAGGGAAAGAGAACAGGAAACCUUUCAAAAGACAGAAGUUCUCCAUCACUUACCUACAAGCCAUUUCCUUUGUCGACAUAAAUUUCACGUGUCAAAUGAUUCUUUAAGUUUUCAACUAAAGGCUUACUCAAUACACAUCAAGUUUUCUCUGCCCCAAGGGAAGUGACUUAUUUGUUUAUUCGUAUAGAAAUGUUUCACAAUAGUAUAGAAGUGGAAAUAAGGAAAAUCUGUGUAAAAAGCAUGUAAGGUAGAAAUCACAGAGUGUACCCUUCAACCUGUCAGGUUGCCACAGCUGCUUUGGGAGUCACCACAGUGGCUUAGCACACAGCACAGGGUGCCACGAGGAGCUGGCAUCCUGGGAGCUCCCACCAGCCCCACACUGCAGCUGGGGAACCACUGAGAGCCAAGCUGAAGGACUGCCUGAAGCAGUUCUCUGACUCCCAUGACCAGCUGAAGAAAUGCAGACACAGGAAUGCAGUAAUGACGUCAGUAAUGACCCAUAAAGUCCUGCCAGAAGGGAAUAAAUGAAACACACCUGGCAUGGAAACAGGACUGUCAUGCACAGGUGCAGCAGUGGCUGUGCAGCAGGAUGGGAUGGAAACAUCCAGGUACAGUCCAACACUGAAUGGUUUGGUAACAGCAGGCUGGGGCCGUGCCUGCACACAGCUCUGCUUUUGUCCCCCGAGUUGCUCGUGACCAUUCUCCACUAGACGAAGGCAGAGCUGGACUUCAUGACAGAGGUCUGUCUGCAGCACAGCCUCAAAAAGCGGUGCUCACAGCAUGUGGCCUCUGAUAGCAGGCAGCAGCUGGGGCCUGAGGUGGGUGUUUGUUGUCUUGCCUUUUCUUUGGUUGGGUUUUGCAUGUUGGGUUUGUGUUGCUAGGGCUUUCACAAUUUGCACACAAACAAAAAAAGACUAAUGUGCACAUAUACAUCAUAGAUCAGCCAAAACCUGGAGCUGAUCCUUCCUCAGGUUGUGUUAGUUUGUACUCCUGCAGAAGGAAUGCAUUCAUUACGAAACCCUUCUAUAAUGUGACAUUUCCUACGGCAGAAGUACCUUUAAUUAAACCAGCAGCACUUUGCUGUGUAGAUGCAAAACCAUGGAAGCCUUUUGUUGAACUCCUGUGUACAUCUCUCCAGCACCAUGAAGCCUCAUGCAUCACACUGGGAUAUUUGGGAUUAAUAUCACACAUGAAAUACAUUGGAAACAGCCGAAUAAAUAAAAUCCUACAUGUUCUUAAUUGUCCACUUUGAAAUGGCACAGUGAAAAAUUAUCAGCUCUUCGUUUUUUUAUGAUACGUAAAACCCGCGGCUUUGUUUCUAUACACGCUGAACGCCGCCUCGCCCGCACCUCCGCGGUAGCGGCGCAGCUCCGGUCCGCUCCCAUCGCCGCGGAGCGGAACUUCCCGAGCGGCCUCGUCCAUUUCCGCCGCCGUGUCGCAGGGGGGCGCUGCCGCCUCGCCCAGCCGGCGUAGCGCGCAGGCGCGGUGUGGCGCCGCCGCUGGUCUCGCGAGAACCGAGCGCUCGCUAAGAUGGCGGCCCUGUGCGAGGCCUUCACGCUGUGCGGUUUGGGGCCCACCGGCGGCGUCGGCCUCGGUAGCGGCCUUCUGGCGCUGGAGCCGGGCGCUGAUCCCGACCACGUCCUGCUCACCGACCGCGGCAGGACGGCUACGCUUUUUAAGGUCUCAGAUCAGAAGCCACUGGGCUGUUGGUCAGUUAAACAUGGGCAGAUUAUCACGUGUCCAGUUGUAUGCAACUUUGAAACUCAUGAAUAUAUAGCUGUUCAUGAUAACAAGGUUUUACGAAUAUGGAAGGAUAAAGAUGUUAACCUAGACAAAGUAUUUAAAGCAACACUUUCAGCUGAGGUGUACAGAAUACAUUCACUGCCCCAUGCGGAGCCAUUGGUGUUAUUUAGAGGAGGGGGUGUUCGAACUUUAGAUGUUCUUUUGGAAGCUCCACAACAAGAAAUUGAAAAUGUUAUCUCAGAUGAAGUUAUCAAAUGGAGUGAAGCAUUUCUGGAAGGUCAACAACCUGUCUUAAUUUUCGUUACAGAGAAAGAUGGGGAUUUUUUUGUCUACAUACAGAAACUUAAGAUGAGGAGUCUGUGCAAAUAUAAGCUUGAACAACAGGAAUUAUCUAAUCCACUGUGUUUCACAGCAUAUAUAAAAAAGCAAAUUAUCACACUUCUAUGUUUAUACUCCAGUAACUCUGUAUAUAAAGUUCUGAUACCUCUACAGCAAAAUAGUGAAGAGGAAGAGCAAACUCUAUCCAAAUCACUACUACUAAACCUUUCAAUAUCUGGAAGUGUUCUAAAAGGAACUUCUUUUGUUGUUCUUGAUAAAGACCAUGUUGCAGUACUAGGAAGUCUAGCAGCAUCUGGUGAAGAAUCCAAAGAGUGCCUAACAAUAUGGAAUACAAAAUUUCAAACGUUACAAGCUUCAAAGGAACUGCCCCUGGGUACCAGUGGACAAUUGUGGUGUUAUGGGGAAAAAUUUUUCUUCACUCAUGGAAAAGUGCUAACAGUAGUUAUAUACAAGUGUGAAACUUCAUCCUUGGCAGCUGCUGUGGGGAAGCUGAAGGACAGUCAGACCUCUGAUCUUUCUUCAUUUGUAAACUGGAAUACUCUUGGAGAUGAAGAGCUGUUGGUUUCCUGUCAGUCACAGCAGUCUGUAGCUCUAAAGUCUGAAUCCAAAAUGAUGUUAAGAUCAAAAAAGAGCGCAGUUGAGGACAUACAGCCAGAUGCCUCCACAAUUGGGCAGUUCUUACUAAGUAUAAAAGAUGCUUCCACAGCUGCAGUUGAAGAUGAAUUGAGACAAUUGUUGUCAAAAGCACAGAGACCAGAUUUUCAGGCUGCCAUUGGAUGUGUAAUAAGCGCUCUAAUAAACAGGUGUAAAGCAGAUCCAAUGUUCUACCCUCGAAACUUCCUGGUACAGAUGAUCCAAAAACGAGAGUUAUCCUACAGUUUGUGUCCAGACUUAAUGGCUGUUGCUUUAGAGAAAAAAGAUGUACAUCUCUUACAAAUCUGCUUACAACGGUUUCCAGAUAUUCCUGAAGAAAUUACUUACGCUUGCUUGAAAGUAUUUUUAAGCAUUAGUGAUGAUUAUCUGGAAAGAACAGACGUGGAUCUAGAAUCUGUAAUCUCUUACAUUGAUAUUGAACCAAACAAUAAAGAAGUUAAGACUGAAGUUGUAGAAAAUGGUUUCAGUACUGAACUGGAAGAAGAUGGCUGUGAUGUUACAGGCAUGAAGGAAACCCAUAUGAUGGACAGUGUUGAAUUCUGCCCUGUUGGACCUCAAAAGGCAGCAUUAUUAAAUGCUGUUCUUCAUUCAGCUUAUAGUGAAACAUUUCUUUUGCCUCAUCUGAAAGACCUUCCAGCUCAGCAAGCUGUUCUGUUUCUCAGGUAUUUACACUACCUGUAUGUGAAAUGCAGUGAAAAAAUAAAUACAACUCUUCCCGGAGUACUCUCUCCAACUAUAAGUCAGAUUAUGGAUUGGAUGUGCCUAUUACUUGAUGCUCACUUCACAGUUAUGGUGAUGCUACCAGAAGCAAAAAGAUUGCUUUCAAGCAUGCAUAAGUUUGUGAGAGCCCAAGUACGAUUCUACUCUGAACUUAACAAAAUCGAAGGAAGUUUGCAAGAACUGCAAAGAAUUAAAUGCCAGAAAGACUCUCAGGCAUAUUCUAUUGAAGUGCUGGAACUUAUUUGAAUACGAAAUGAAUUAUUAACAAACUUGUUAUUAAUUCCUUUUAUGACAAGGAUGUAUUAGCACUCCAUAUUGGGGAUGUGAAAAGUUGAGUUUUCUGCACAGGGAGAAUGCAGUUACUCAGUAUCUACGUGGGGGGUUGUGCAUUAAAAGCUCUUUUCUGACUGGA